CUCCAUUAGCGGCAGACGACGUGAAGGAAGGUUGACAGGAAGAACUACUCGUGUUAUUUUUCAUUUUUUAUCGUGAUACAGGUGUUUCCCGUGCCCUUUCUCCCCGCACAAGAACAUGGAGCGAGAGAGGCCCUGAUCAGCUGGGUGAAAUAAACCAAGAACUCUCAUUGAUGGAGCACACACGACCCAGCGCUGUGAUUGGCUUGUGGGAGAUGCACUAAAAUCUGACUGACUGAUAGAAGCAACACUGAAAUCUGGGCAGUGUGUGUGUGUCCAGAGGAGCCAAGCAGCCUGUGUAUGUGUGUGUGUACCUGUAUGUGGCUGGCUGGGUGACACAGGAACUGGCUAGUGGUAAAUGUACACACUAUCACCAGACACACACACACAAGCUACUGCAAGAAAAGAUACACAGACACAUUUAGCAAUACAAGAAAAGUGCAUUCAAAUUUGAAGCUACCAAGUGUCAGCUAAAAUACAACACACACACACACACACACACACACUCAUUAAACAGUAUAAGGCACCAGGAGUCUAAAACAAAACACACACACACACACACACACACUCCACCAUUUACCGGCAGUUUAGGCGUUGGGUAGCCAUGGCUGACCAUCCUGAGGACAACGACCCCUUUGAGGAGGACAUAGUCUUCGAUGAGGCGGGUCUCCUUGGGGGGAAGAUGCCUCGCGCACGUCGGCAGGCAACCGCUGGCUUCCUCCCGACCUUCAUGCUCUUCAUUCGCACCGUCUUUCUCUGUAUUGCUUUCCUGGGGCUGGGCCUGUGUGUGUCAGUGAGUGGAGGGCCUCUCAUUAAGCUGGAGAUGAGUGUUGGGGUUCCUGAGAGUACAGCGUUCCAUGUCUUCACAGCGCGGUCAGUCGGCAUGCUGCUUGGAGGAGCUCUAGGUUCGGUGUUGUUUGAGGUGUAUAACCGUCAGUUUCUGCUCUCCGUGAGUCUGGUGUGGGUGGCGGCAGCCGUGACAGUGUUGCCCUUCACUGUACCAGCAGCCCUGUGGUGGACACUGGCAUCCACAGCUGCCCUUGGCACUGGUCUGGCAUUCAUCUUCACUGGUGGCAACGUGCUGUGCCUGGAUCUGUGGGGGCGGCGGCAAGGUGGCGUAGCACUGCAGACUCUCCACUUCAGCUUCUCCCUGGGGGCCUUGGUGGUGCCUCUGGUGGUGCAGCCAUUCUUCUCUGGCCUGCACCCUGUUGAGACCACCACCACCGUCGCCACCACCACGCCCCUCACCACGGAGGUCGCAGUGGCAGUGAGGGGUGUCCGAUCAGCAACACUGGGAACUGAGCCACACACCACCAAUUUCAGUGAUAAAGACCUGCUCUGCCUCACCUUUCCUGGAGGAUGCCCUAACACCACCACAAUAACCACCUUGAACCACACCAUCACCACCACCACACCACCACCACUGCCAUCACCCUCCAUCCCCAAGACACCCAGGAAAAAACCAGCAUGCACCAAUGAUAUAAAUCUCGACCCUGAUGACAAGAUGACCAAAUGGACCAAACCUCCUCUACAUAAGAAUCCUCCUUUUCCUCCUCCACCUCCCACCUCUCCACCUACCACGCAGAAGCCACACACCACCACUCAGUCACCCAAACCCACACAUGCUCUCAACACCUCUGCUAAUGGAACUGUCUCUCACAACACCACUGCCAACACCGGACAGAGUAGUGAUGUCAACACCACCACCACCACCACCAACAGUACCACCAAAGAACUUACACCUUCCACAAGCCACACCAGUUCUAUCCCGACCACUACCACUACUACUACUACUGCUACCACUGCUAUUACUACCACUACCACUGCUGCUGCCACCACCACCACUACUACUAGUACUACUAGUUCCACCUCUGCAGCUACUAUUGCUGCUACUACCACCACCACUCCCACUACUACCCCCACUACAACCACACCCCCUGCUACUACCACUACCACCUCUACAUCUGCUGCUGCUACAACCACCACCACCACCAAAGCUCCUCCUCCACCAAUCACUUCACGUCCAACUACUACCACCACCACAGCCAAGCCUAAGCCUACCCACCACCACCAUCACCACCACUACUACUAUUACCACCCCUACCACUACUACCAGUCCACACACCACCACCACCACAACCACCCUUCCACCACCACCACCACCACGCGUGACCCACCCCCUGCAGUGAACCGUGGGGGGGAGGCGAUGCAGCUGACAUCUGAGGUGCAGCAGUACGAGGUGCAGGACCUGCGGGAGAGGCUGCCAGAGGAAGAGAGCAGCGUGGGCACCCCGUCCCUUAAGCCCGGCACCUUCAGCAAUGCCAGCGAUGACAAGUCCCGCUUCUUGGAGCACAUGGCACAGCGCCUUGGCGACUACGGGGUGACACGGGUGCACCUGGCCUACAUCAGCAUUGGCAUCCUGGUGGUGGUGGACGCACUGGUGUCCGUGGUGGUGCUGUGCCACCAUCCACGGGAGGCACGCUCCAGGCAGGAGGGCGGCCCC